GUUGCAAAUUGUUAUAAACUAAAAAAUCACAUACAAAGUCAAAAAAAGAGCAAAGCCGCAAGCAGCCACAGCCGUUGUUCUCCACUGCUCCACCGCAGCUGCCUCCGCCGUAGGUUCAUCUCGCUGUUUAUUUCUGCCUCAACAUCUCUAAAUUUUUAAGGUUUCCAGUCUUUUGGACAACUGGAUUCACAAAGGCUUGUUUCAAAAUAUCUAGCCAAAAGUGUAACCUAGGUUAAUAUGAUACGAAGUGGACACUUUAUAAUAUGUUCGGAGCCUUUUGGAAAAUCUACGGAACUAUAUUGUACUUCAAGUUCUUCAAAAAUUCUCUGACAACCGCUUUUCUUGUUAGUUUUUUUUGGGUACUCUAGUUAAAAUGGAGUACUCCUUUUCCAGUUUGGAAAAAGGUAACGAGUUUCCAUUUGUACCAAGGAACGGGGUGGGGGAUAUGGCUACAAGGUCAACGGAUAACAGUGUGCAGGGCUCAAAUUUGGAGGACUCGUUUGGUAAUGUAGUAGAACUGAUGAAUUUUGAUACAUACGCUGGAUGGUGCAGCAGUCCCAGCAAUUUGGUUGACCAGAUGUUUCCCUCCUUUUCAAAUCUCUCGCCUCUUGACGGAUUGAACUUCACACAACAGCAUAAUUCAGGAAUAUCCAUAUUAGAUAGUGAUGUUAAUGGAAGUUCAUCAAUGAAUGAAGACAAGGUGAUGCUUCAUAAUAUGGACUACCAAAUUCCUUUUGCUACAAGCCCUGUUGAUGAUGGGUUCAGUUUGACUGAGAUGAGAGAUAGAAGCACGAAGCGUAAGAAUCUAAUAGGUGAUGUAGGGCACAGUGUGAUCCCAAGGCCUCCUAUCCAAUCACUCUCUGAGAAAAUGUUAAGAGCAUUGAAUCUAUUCAAAGAAUGGUCUGGAGGGGGUAUUUUAGCCCAAGUGUGGGUUCCAAUGAAGAAUGGGGAUCACUACGUCUUAAGCACUUCUGAACAACCUUAUUUACUUGACCAAACACUUAGUGGCUAUCGUGAAGUGUCUAGGGCAUUUACUUUUGCAGCGGAAUCAAAGGCAGGGUCUUUCUCAGGGCUUCCUAGUCGUGUAUUUGCUUCAAGGAUUCCAGAGUGGACCUCAAACAUAACGUACUACAAUAAGGCUGAGUACCAUCGGGUACAAUAUGCUAUUGAUCAUGAAGUUCGAGGAUCCAUUGCUAUACCUGUUUUUGAUGACGAGUUGCUUGAAAGGCCGUGUUGUGCUGUGCUAGAACUUGUUACCACAAUGGAAAAGUCCAAUUUUGAUUUGGAGAUGGAAAAUGUUUGUCGCGCACUCCAGGCUGUGAAUUUAAGGAGCACUGCGACUCCGAGACUAUUUCCCCAGAGUCUCUCCAAGAAUCAAAGAGCAGCUUUAGCUGAGAUUACAGAUGUUUUACGAGCAGUCUGCUAUGCACAUCGACUACCUCUUGCAUUAACAUGGAUUCCUUGUUGUUACUUAGCAGGGCAGGGUGAAGGAACUAUGAAAAUACAUGCUAGAGGAUACAAUAGGAGUGCAAAUGAGAAAAAUGUACUGUGCAUAGAGGACAGUGCCUGUUAUGUGAAUGACAAAGAUAUGAAGGGUUUUGUGCAUGCUUGUCGGGAACAUUAUCUUGAGGAAGGACAAGGAAUUGUUGGAAAGGCUCUUCAAUCAAAUCACCCAUUCUUUUAUCCUGAUGUCAGGGAAUAUCAUAUAAGUGAGUAUCCACUUGUUCAUCAUGCCCGUAAAUUUGGCCUAAAUGCUGCUGUUGCAAUCAGGCUAAGAAGUACUUAUACGGGUGACGAUGACUAUAUCUUGGAGUUCUUUCUUCCUGUCAAUAUGAAGGGAAGUACAGAACAACAACUCUUGCUUAAUAACCUCUCGGGUACCAUGCAGAGGAUCUGUAAGAGUUUAAGGACAGUAUCGGAUACUGAAUUGCAUGGGAUGGAUGAUUCCAAAGUAAAAUUACAGGAUUCAGAAAUAAGAAACAUAUCGUCAAUAUCAGUAUCCGGGAGAAGUUCUGAACAGUCGUUUUUGGGUGAAAAUUUGAAAAAUGUUGAUCCCAUUACUCAGAAUGUAGUUGGAUCUACAAUCACUCGGAAAGAAGCUGAUGGUCCUCACCAACAGAAUGUGCCUGGCUUGAGGAAACAGGUGGAGAAGAAGCGAAGUACAGCUGAGAAGCAUGUCAGCUUAAGUGUUCUUCAGCAAUACUUCUCUGGGAGCCUUAAAGAUGCUGCGAAAAGUAUUGGUGUGUGCCCAACUACUCUCAAAAGGAUAUGCAGACAGUAUGGCAUCUCAAGAUGGCCUUCUCGUAAAAUCAAUAAGGUGAAUCGUUCUUUGAGGAAGAUUCAAAGCGUGCUUGACUCUGUCCAGGGGGUGGAGGGAGGAUUAAAAUUUGAUCCGGCAAUUGGUGGGCUUGUGCCUGCUGGGCCUAUCAUCCAAGAAUUCGACGCUAGAAAAAGAAGUGUCAUGCCCAACAAAGGUGAUAUGAUUAGAGACUGUGACUUAGUCCAGAAUGCAAAAUCGGCAUUGACAUCUUCUUGCAUGGACAUUCCAACCUCCAUUGUGAAAAUGGAAGACGAGUGUCUAUUAGAUGGAGCCCAAAUGGUUGGAGAAUGUGAGCCACGUCCUCCUCAUCUGCCAAGUUCAGAGCACUCCAGAUCAGCUGCACCAGAUGCUGGGCUAUCCCGACCUAUCAGCCUUAACAGCGUGUGUUGGACAACUUCUCCAAAUGUCUUAGCAAGUUCUUUCCUUCCCACAGAAACUCUCAAUAGGUGGGUAUUCAAUAAUAAAUCUCAUUUCAGUUCUCAAAACUCACUGGCAGUUGGGGACGAGAUGGAUACCAGAUCAAAAGAUGAAAUUGUCAUGGAUAGGGACGGCGGGGUUGUUGAACACAACCAAUAUAGUGAGAUGGACACCAGAUCAAAAGAUGAAAUUGUCAUUGAUAGGGACGACGGGGUUGUUGAACACAACCAGCCUAGUUCCUCAGGCAUGACAGACUCAUCCGAUGGGUAUGGAUCUGGAUCACUGAUGAACAACAGUUCAUCAAGCUCCAGAAGCUCCGGGAAGAGGCAGAAUCAUAAAAGUGAGACUGGUUAUGUAGAUAGUGGGUCGAAAAUAGUAGUGAAGGCUACUUACAAAGACGACACAGUCCGGUUCAAAUUUGACACUGCUUCCGGCUGUAUUCUACUUUAUGAAGAAAUAGCAAAGAGAUUCAAACUCCAGGUAGGACAGUUCCAGCUCAAGUAUUUGGAUGACGAAGAGGAAUGGGUGAUGUUGGUAAGUGAUUCGGAUUUGCAAGAAUGUCUUGAAAUUUUAGAUUUUGUGGGUUCUCGCAGUGUGAAGUUUCUUGUUCGUGAUGUGGCAAGUGCCAUGGGAAGCUCUGGUGGCAGCAAUUGUUUCCUGGGAGAAGGCUCUUGAUCAUCUGCAGCUGGUGCCGGGUGACGUUCGACUGACAUCGAACUAUCCUCGACAGCUGUAUCUUGAAACAAAGGAAGACGAUGAUCCAUAAUCAUGGUUCCAUCGGAAAAAGGCAUGGAGCACAUAUAAGGAAUAACUCUCUCAAAUCCAUACCAGUUUGAAGAACUGUGACUUAUAGAUAGAUUUGGCCGCUGCUUCCCACCCUUAGCUUUUACAGACUCCAAUAAUUAAUAGGAUAGUGUUAGAUUGUGUAUAUAAUCUUUGUAACAAUUGCUUUAGUAAUCUCAACUUUGUGGUGUAUAAUGCAUUUUUUUUUCCACAUUAUGCAUAAAUUUUUCUACU